AGCCAACAACCUAUGCGCUGUGUUGUAGAAGGACAGAGGGGGAAGGGAGACUGGAUAGGGUACGAGAGUAAGGAGGCGGCGGGCGAUGUUCUCUCGUUCUACCGGAUCUUUCAUUCUAAGGAUAGAGAGAGAGAGCGGGUGACUGGACUGGAGGAGAGGAGCAGCGCACAAGCGAGUGAGCGCUUGAGAGAGAGAGAGAGAGAGAGAGAGAGAAGGAGGAGGGAGGGCCAAGAGCUAUUGUUCAUGUUUUCCCACGAACAAAGGACUUAUCUGGGUCUGUACGUAAAAUCGACUGCAGGCUUGUGUCCACCGACAAGGCCUCAUGAGGGAUAAAAUAACCUAUUUCUCAUUGUCCGUAUUUUCUGGUCCAGUAUUCCCGUUAUAAUAUUUGUUGGUUUAUUCUAAAAACGUGGGACGUACUACGUUACGACGAACCAGUCAGCCACCGUAGCGUUUUACGCAAGGAGCGUGCUACACGGUAGCUACUCGCCCAGUUCUGUAAACAUCAUUCUUUGGUUGGGACUUCUCUUGCAGGCUGUUCCUCCAAGUCAUUCAAGCUGUACUCUCCAAAGGAGCCCCCCAACGGCAGCUCCUUUCCCCCGUUCCACCCCGGCACCAUGCUGGACAGAGACCUGGGCCCAACCCCCAUGUACCCCCCCUCAUACCUGGAGCCUGGAAUAGGGAGACACACACCAUACGGGAACCAGACAGACUACAGGAUAUUUGAGCUCAACAAACGGCUACAGAACUGGACAGAGGAGUGUGAUAAUCUGUGGUGGGAUGCGUUCACUACAGAGUUCUUUGAGGACGAUGCCAUGUUGACCAUAACCUUCUGUCUGGAGGACGGGCCCAAGAGAUACAUCUCCUCCUCCUCCUCCGCAGCGAUUGGCCGGACGUUGAUCCCGCGGUACUUCCGGAGUAUAUUUGAGGGGGGUGCCACCGACCUCUACUACGUGUUGAAGCACCCCAAAGAGUCCUUCCACAACAACUUCGUCUCGCUGGACUGUGACCAGUGUACCAUGGUUACGCAGAACGGAAAACCCAUGUUCACACAGGUGUGUGUGGAGGGUCGUCUGUACCUGGAGUUCAUGUUUGACGACAUGAUGAGGAUCAAGACGUGGCACUUCAGCAUCCGACAGCACCGCGAACUGAUACCGCGCAGUAUACUGGCCAUGCACGCCCAGGACCCCCAGAUGUUAGACCAGCUGUCUAAGAACAUCACCAGAUGUGGACUGUCUAACUCCACCCUCAACUACCUCCGACUGUGUGUGAUUCUGGAGCCCAUGCAGGAGCUGAUGUCCAGACACAAGACCUACAGCCUCAGCCCCAGGGACUGUCUCAAGACCUGUCUCUUCCAGAAGUGGCAACGCAUGGUGGCCCCGCCAGAGGAGCCGGAGAGGCAGGCUCCCACUGAACCAGCCAGACAGGCCCCUAAUAAGAGGAGGAAGCGUAAGAUGUCAGGCGGCAGCACCAUGAGUGCCGGAGGAGGAACCAACAACAACAACAACAAGAAGAAGAGUCCAGCGAGCAGCUUCCCCCUGUCCAGCCAAGUACCAGACGUGAUGGUGGUGGGAGAGCCCACCCUGAUGGGAGGGGAGUUCGGGGACGAGGACGAGCGCCUGAUCACGCGGCUGGAGAACCAACAGUUCGACGCGGCCAACGGCAUCGAUGACGAGGACAGCUUCAACAACAGCCCCGCGCUGGGCGCCAACUCUCCCUGGAACAACAAGGCCCCAUCCAGCCAGGAGAGCAAGAGUGACAACCCUACGUCUCAGGCCUCACAGUAGAGGAGGGGAGGGAGGGGAGGGGCUUCCAUAGUCUUAAAGGGGUUUCCUCUCCUUGUGGGUGUGUGUCAAUUGUCUGUAGUGGCUUCCUGACUGUUCUUAUGUUUUCCUCUUAAAGGGGCAAUCCGCAGUGGAAAACAUAACUUAGUGUCACCUCUACUUCCUGUUUUAGUAAAAAGCUGAGAGAUGGGCCUGGAGACGUGUAACCACUCUAAAAUUCAUAGACCGCUAUGGGUACAAGGACUGACCAUCCAAGACAUAACAAACAUAUAUAUAUAUAUAUAUAUAGUUUUAAGCAUGUUUUGAGGCUAUACCGUUUUUCAUUAGAUGGUUACAGAGUAAACCACAUUGAUAUUGUGGGUUGUGACGGGGUGCGUCAGUUGAAUUAAGCCCCUGAGACAACAGGUACAUAUCAUUCAUUCAGAAGUCCAAAAAAUGGCUGUAGGGACUACGGAUUGCCCCUUUUUUAAUAGGGAUUUUUAUCUUGGCCUGUGGAGUAGACGGAGGAUCCCACUGGUUGAUAAGAGGUUACCUUUCCCUGUCUACCUUCCUACAUCAGUUCUGAUAUGAGAGCUUGGUAGGUGACAGGAAAUGACUGAGAGCUAUUACUUAUAGGGGCCUCCUCCAGACCUGGCUCUCCUAGCUGGUCUUUUAAGGAGAGACCUGAGGAGAGGGAAGACGCUUGGGACAGUUGAGAUGCACCCAGGUAGGGGUGCAGGAAGGGGUGGUGGGGUAGGGAGAGGGCGGGGGAGGGGGACACGAGGACGACUCACACAUCUACCUUCAGAAGAAUCAUGGUCACUAGAUAUGGAGUCUUAACUCUGGUCCACUCUGCUGCUGCACUGUGUGUGUGUGUGGCUGUUACUUGGUCAGAACUAAAGCCUGGACUGUGCCAAAGCUAGCGGACCGGAGUUGAGAUCCAAUCAGUUUAAAAUGCUUUCUCACACACACAGACACACACACACACACACACCAUUGAAGGAGUACUGAUCCAACCUUUUAACAGAUAACAGAAAGCAUUUAAACAACAACAACAUUUUAGAGUUUUCUACCAGUCUCUAUUUCCCUAGAAUGUUUUUAUUUUAUUUUCUACUCCUGCAUUUCAAACCUACUUUUUAUUUCUUCUUUUUUACCGACGAUAUUCAGAAGCUAACAGACCAAGGAGCCAGAAAACAGGACUAUUCUACCCUCCCCCCUGACAAAAUAUAUUUGGUCUGUUUUAAUAUCUUUUAUGUUUUAAAGAGAAAUAAUUGUGGAUGUUUUUUGAGAUUGAUUUUCUCCUGGUUUUUCGUGUAUUUGUGCUUGUAUAUUUAAGGUAGUAGCAACGUCCUGUACGACUGUAUCCCGACUUAGAGGUUCCUGAAGACAUUCUGAUCUGAUGGAAAGAAAUGA